CUCUUUUUCCAAGCAAGUGCCUUUUUUGUGGCACUCAUUCCUCAGAUUGUAACUGGUGUAAUUUUGUAGUAUUUGAUAACUGAAUCCUAAAAAUUGCAGGAUAGCGAAGUUUUCAUCAGUGACAAAAAGACAGAAGUUUCAGAGACCUUUUGGAAUCCAACAGAUGAGAUCAGACAGCGCAGAUUAACAAGAUACACUGUGAAGUUUGAGGAGCAAAAUGACUUUGAGUCAGAGAAACUUUGGCAACAAGUGACUCGAGCUAUAAACAAUAAAGACCAAACAGAAGCUACUCAAGAGAAAUAUGUUCUGGAGGAAGCUCAGAGAAGGGCUGCCAAAGAAAGAAAACUUAAGGGUGAAGAAUGGAUCUGCAAACUGUUUGAACAAGAUUUAGUUGCAGGGGAGUGGCAUUACAGAUAUGCAGAUACCAGACCAUGGGAUCUACUGAAUGAUAUGAUACAGUUUGAAAAAGAUGGCGCCAUCCAAACAAAAGUUCGACAUAGGACCCCAAUGGUUAGUGUUCCAAAAAUAAAGCGAAAGCUAGCCAGUCAGCAAAAGAAAGGGGAGUGUGGUUUCUCCUCUCCAGAACCAGAUAAUCAAGACUCCUCUGGAAGUGAAGCUCAACUACUAAAGCAUAAUACAAGAAUCAGAAAGAAGGGGACAGACCUGGGUGAACUACAGAGUGCCAUUGAAUCUAUAAAGGAAACGCAAGAAGACAUUAAGAGGGACAUCAUGGCUCUACGAAAUCGUGUUACUUCAAAUUUACCACCCUUGGACAACAACUUUCUGCAGCUUAAGCACUAUGUCUUCAUUUUACUCCUGGUUCUGCUACAGUUUAUUGUUAACUUCUUGUUCAAAUAAGAAAAUCUUAACAAGAGACUCUGAACUGGAAUGAUCAAGCCCUUACUGGGACCAUAUUUUAAGUUGGUUUGGACUUUAAAUGUUGCAAUAUUAUCUAAAAGAGCACUGUAGUAACAACUUAAAGAAUUUUUGCCUCAAAUCUUUAUGCAUUCUUGGAUCAAGAUCAUAUUCCUGCCUACCCAGUUGGUGAGAAACAUGUAAGUGCCAGUACUCUUGCUCCUUGUCUGCAUCACAUGCAUACAUGACACUAGCCUUGUGUUUUGUAGUAUAUUAUAGGCUACUGACUUUAAAAAAAAAAAAAAAAAAAAA